AUCUUUGUCUGAUUGAAGAUGAAUACAGGAUUAGAUUUUAAUACUUUUUGAUGCAGAAAAAUGAAGGAAAUUUAAGAAUUUAACACAUUUUAAGACAGAAAAAUACAAAAUUUUUAACAUUCAACGUUUUUUGUAUUAAUUCCACAAUCUAGGGAUCAAGAAGUUUUGCCUUAUGAUUUUAACAGAGUUAUUAUGUGGAAAAUUGAAGGAGAUAAUAGAAGUGAUUACAUCAAUGCCUCAUAUUUCAGAUUUGAGAAUUUUUAUGUUCCCGAUGUGAUAAUAAGCCAAGGACCCUCUCCUCACAUACCGGGAUCUACAGAACGAUUCUGGCAAAUGGCUUCUCAGUCUAAGGCGUCUUGUGUUAUACGACUUCAGUGUACAGCCGCUGAAGAUUACAAACCAGGGCAAGAGAUGAAAUUUGGAAAAAUGUCUCUUAGUCAAACUUUGGAAGAACUGUAUGGUGGGUUUUGCGCUUGUAGAGCAAUACUUCAGACUGGAGAAGACUCUGAAGAGAGUCAGAUAGAUCUGAUAACCCUGAGCUAUUGGCCGGAAUAUCAGGAUCUUAAAAAAAAAGAUGGAAAAGAGUUGUUAGACACAGUUACUGAAAUUUGGGAAUAUUGCAACAAGAGUGGGAUUGUUAUUGUUCACUGCGACAAAGGAAUAAAACGAUCAGGAAUCUUCAUGGUUUUAUCCCUUCUUCUCUACAGGAAGAAUAUGAAAACUGGAAACAUAUCUGGCGCAGUCAAGGAACUAAGAAGCCAACGUGAUAAAAUGGAUCAAGCAUUGCUCCAUCGUAAGAAGAUGUACGGUAACAGUACCCAGUCUUGGCAUUAUAGUGUAUUCUUGGAUCUCAAAUCUAAUCCUUUAUUUCUAGUAUUCUUGGAUCUCAAAUCUAAUCCUUAA